AUGAAGAGCACGGCGAGUCCCAUUUUACUGCUCGGCAGCAUUGCAAACUUUGCCUUGGGCAGUCCCGUUGAUGGCACCCGUACCGCAGCGAAGCGAGACCCUCUCGGCCUGAGUCUUCCACCCCUUAUCCCGGCAAUUCCUGGUGUUACGGAGCCUUUGGCGUCUAACGCUCCGCCGUUGCCUAUUCUCCAACUGCCGACGCCCCCCAUCGAUAGUCCACCAUUCGAGGUUUCCAACAUUAAGCCCAAGAAGGUUGGCCACUUCUGGACCGGUGCCGGUGACAACAACCACAAAGACUUUUUGGUCACUGUCAGUUUGGAUGAUGAUACAUUUGGAACAAUUAUUCACAUCUCCGAUGUUCCAACCAGUGGAAACUCUCCUCAUCAUUUGGGUACAUCAUUGGAUGGAAAGACCCUUGUUGGUGGUGGCUUGCUGUCACUUCUCAAAACACAGGAUACUGCAUUUUAUUGGGAUUCCAGCGACCCAUAUCAUCCCAAGUUUGCUCACAGCAAUCGGGCUCUGCUGAGUUCGAUUACUGAUGAGAUCCGAGCCAAACCAGAGGGUGGCUUCUUUAUUACCUACAUGGGCAGCGCUGUGGGAAGCUCCCCUGGACGAUUAGUCGAGACCGAUGCCGGUGGUAACAUCAUCCAUGAGUGGCCCGAGGAUGUUGAAGGAACCCUCAACAUUCUGGGCGAGCAAUUCACACCCCACGGCCUCAGUGUUGACUUUGAAAACAACAUUAUUCUUACCUCUGACUUUGUUGUUCCUCUCACUAUUCUCAAACCUGUGUCCGCUCUUGGAAUCCAAAAGGCAAACACUCUUCGUCUAUGGGCCUUGGACAGUCGCAAAAUCAUCUCAACCAUCCAAAUUCCUCAUGGCGGCGGUAUUCAAGAUGUUAAGUUUAUCCCCGGCAACAAGGAGAGUGCCGCGCUUGCUACUGCUGUCAACCCCGGCCAAGUCUGGAUUAUCUAUCCCUUCAGAAAGGAUGCCAAUGGCAAGCAAGGCGUGGCUGAACUUCUCUACGAUCUUGGAGACAAAGCCAAAGACUCUGUCGCCAUCUAUUCAGACAUCACCGAUGAUGGCAAAUGGGCUUACUUUACCAUUACCCUUGGUAACCACGUGGCAGCCUUGGAUAUCUCAGACUUGAAGAAUGUCAAGCGACUCGACAAUCCCGACGAGACUCAACCCAUCAUUGGACCCCACUACGUCAAGAUCUCUCCCGAUAAGAAGAACCUUUUGGUCACUGGAUACUUUGUCCAGGCAGGAGACAUUUCCGUUCUCAACACCCCUGGCGACUACAAGGGUCACUGGAUUGACAUUCUCCCCAAUGGUGCAUUGAGCUUUAACCGGACCAUUGAUUUCGAGAACAUCUUCACUAAAACCAGGGGCGGCGCUCGACCCCACAGCGCGGUCAUCUUCGAUUUGACCGACCCCCAGAAGCCCAUUUACUAUUGA